AUCUUCACUGCUCUCAUUUUCUUUGUAGCCAUCGUUCCUACCUUAUCUUCUCUGAAAUGGCUAAUGAAGUCCUCACUGAUUCCAAGCAAGACCAAGAAAGGCAACCGCAAAAGGAGCAGUUUCCAUACCCAAAUGCUGAAGAAGAUGAUGAAUCUGACUCGGAACCCGAAGAGGAUCAGGAUUCAUCCUCCACUGAUGACGACAUGGACGAAGAAAUCGAACCAGACCUCCCCGGCAACGAGCCUCGGAAGGACGCCGCCCCUGAAACUUACUUCAGGAGAUUGACGAAAGUACUCGAGAGCAAAAGGUACAAGGCACUCCAAGAAGAGGAGGAGCGAAGGCGACUUCUGAGAUAUGUGCCUGAAGAAGUGAAGUGGGACUUCCCGGAGGAUCCAGAGCGGUGGCGGGAGGAAGAUGUGGAGGAGCUUUGGGCGGAUGCUCCGCUGUUCAUGACUAAGCCUGGGUGGGACCCCGUCUGGGCGGACGAGGAGGACUGGGAAGUCGUCAAUGAAGAAAUUAGGGCCGGAAGGGACCCUCCCAUUGCACCCUUUUAUGUGCCUUUUAGGAAGACUUAUCCGCCUGUCCCGAAAGACGACUAUGAUAUAAAGGGACCCAAGGGGGCCGUCGAGGAAUUGGAUAGGAUCGAGGAGUUCCUUACUUGGGUCAGCUACAUUUUCCCUGAUGGGAGCACGUAUGAAGGGACUGUUUGGGAUGACUUGGCUCAUGGGAAAGGUGUUUAUGUUGCUGAACAGGGACUGGUCAGGUAUGAAGGUGAAUGGCUUCAAAACAAUAUGGAAGGCCAUGGUGUUGUUGAAGUUGAUAUACCUGGUAUAGAACCUGUGCCAGGUUCCAAGCUUGAAGCAAAAAUGCGUGCUGAAGGGAAAAUAAUACAAAGAGAUUUUAUGACCCCAGAAGACAGGGAAUGGCUAGAGAUGGAUAUUGAAGAUAGCCUUCAUCUGGCUGGCAAGGAGAAAGAAAUUCCUUUUUAUGAGAAUGAUGAGUGGAUUAGACAAUUUGGGAGGAAACCGGAGAAGGGUAGGUAUCGCUAUGCUGGCCAGUGGAAGCAUGGCAGAAUGCAUGGAUGUGGUGUAUAUGAAGUCAAUGAACGCACCAUAUACGGUCGAUUUUAUUUUGGGGAGCUAUUGGAUGAUUUUGGUGGCUGUGAUGAGAAUAUUUCUGCGAUACAUUCUGGUAUAGCAGAAGUAGCUGCUGCUAAGGCUCGGAUGUUUGUUAACAAGCCAGAUGGAAUGGUUAGAGAAGAGAGGGGUCCUUACAGUGAUCCACAACACCCUUAUUUCUAUGAGGAAGAAGAUGUGUGGAUGGCACCAGGCUUUAUCAACCAGUUCUAUGAAGUGCCUGAUUAUUGGAAGACAUAUGUGCAUGAAGUGGAUCAGGAAAGAGAGAUGUGGUUAAACUCCUUCUAUAAGGCCCCACUGAGGUUGCCUAUGCCUGCUGAACUUGAGUAUUGGUGGUUGAAAGAUGAGGCUCCAGAAUUCCUUCUUGUUAAUAAGGAGCCAGAGCCUGAUCCUGAAGAUCCAACAAAGCUGGUUUACACUGAAGAUCCCCUUAUACUGCACACUCGAACUGGAAGGUUGAUCAAUUAUAUAGAAGAUGAAAAAUAUGGGGUCCGACUAUUUUGGCAGCCACCUUUGAAAGAAGGUGAAGAUGUUGACGCAGAGAAAGCUGAAUUUCUACCCCUUGGUUUUGACGAGUUUUAUGGACAGGAAGAGGUUAAGGAAAAGGAAAAUAUGUGGAAAAGUCUUAUAGUGGCAGUAGAAAAUGCAUUGAAGCCAGUGCUCGAUAAACUAGAGAAGUGGAGUGAAGAGAAGAAAAAAGCAAGUGAGAUGAAGCUGCAGCUUAUUGAGAAAGAACUUGAACUUAUUGAGGCUGAAUUGUGUUUAGAAGAGGCCCUUGAGGAUUUGGAUGAGAAAUUGAAGAUGAGAGAGAAAGAGGAGGAGAAAAAGGCAGAAAUGAGACUGCAGCAAGAUGAAGAUUCUUCUCUGGUGGCCAAGCAAGAGGAAAAAGCUAGCAAUCUGGAGGAGGUUGGUGAAGAUGAAGAUGGGUAUGAAGAAGAUGAGGAAGAAGAUGAUGUUAUACCAUCCAGUUUUGGAUCUGUUGCAGACCAGGAAUCAAAAAUGAAUGAUCAGAAGGGAAAGAAGCCUGGGGAAUCACCAUUUUCAUCAUCUUCGCUGUCAUUUGCUUCUUUUAGCCUUGUUUCAGCAGUUCCAUCUAGAUUGCAACAAUCAAUUCUGUCAUUUAAACGUGGUAGAUGGCCGCCACAUUCAGCUCCUUCCCCGUGUGUUGAAAACUCAAAUGUUUCCUCAAAAGCAAUAGAUUCAGUCAGUUUCCCUCCAUUGUCUGGUCAGAAAGGGUGCUCCAGAGCGAUUAGGCAAGAGUAUCAGAAGUCUCAACCAAGAAAUCGCAACUGUAGUAGCAUUUCUCAAUUAAACAGGUCCCUAUGUAAGACUCUUUCAUGUCCUCCAGCUAGCAGCAGUGCCAAAAGAUGCCUAAAAGCACAAAGAACAGACAUGCAUGGUUGGCUGCAUGCACCCCCAAAUGAGGAUUUAGACAGUAUUUUAUGCUUGCACAUGCCUUUGUUAUCUGAUUCACAAGAAUUGUUCAUUAGGAUUUGUUGAUUGUAUAUCCAACGCCUCCCACAAGACUGGAUAAGGGUUGUCCUUGGAAAGUUUAGAUGUGGAGGGUAUUUAUUUUUUCUUCCAAUGAAACCAACAUGAGAAAUGAAUCAGAUCCUUGUAAUAUUGUUGCUGUUUCAACUUUCAAGGAUCAAAUUUUGGUAAUCGGGAUCUGAAAGACUGGUUUCCAAUGAUCAAUUUUUCAAUGUCGGAAUUUGAACAAUAAAUUGUUUUGGUUAUC